GAUUAUGCCUCUUGAAGACGAGAUCGUUCCACGAAGACGACUGACGAGACGAGCCGAGCCGAGCCGAGCCGAGCCGAGCCGAGCCGAGCCGAGCCGAGACGAGCCGAGACGAGCCGAGACGAGCCGAGACGAGCCGAGCCGAGCCGAGACGAGCCGAGACGAGCCGAGAUGAGCCGAGACGAGCCGAGACGAGCCGAGCCGAGCCGAGACGAGCCGAGACGAGCCGAAACGAGCCGAGACGAGCCGAGCCGAGCCGAGCCGAGCCGAGCCGAGCCGAGCCGAGCCGAGCCGAGCCGAGCCGAUACAAGCCGGGAGCGCAGCCGAGCCGAGCCGAUACAAGCCGGGAGCGCAGCCGGAGAGAGAGCCGGGAGUGCAGCCGGAGAGAGACGUCGCUUCACGCGUCGGCACAACGAGCGACACAGCCAACGACGUCGCGGCGAAGGGCAGGAGGUGCGACGUUCGUCGGCAGCUAAGGGAAUAGAAAGCAGUCGCCACAUCACAUCCUUCCAGUAGUAUUAUGAACCAUGUUACCCGAAUUUGGACCCUCAUCGAAAAGUCAAAAGAUUGAUACUUGGUUAAAGAAAGUUAAUGAGUGUGCCACUGUUUACGGAUGGGAUGAGAACAACCGUUAUCCACUUCGCAAUGCAGAAACUGCAGGAGUUGGCCAGAGUUUGGUAUGAAAGCUUCAAUUCUAUUUUGUACAGCUAGGCAGAAUGGCAGCAAAAGUGGUUAGACGCAUUUCCUUUUGAACAUGAUUA